ACGCUUUCCAGAUGGAGUCCUAGGGCGCUGACUGCUCCCCAGUUUCCGUAGGGAAGCACCAGGCUACCACGGCUAUUGUGCGUAGCGCUGUUGCCCUCCUCUUCCCGCUGCCGCUGCCGGGUUGUUGGUGGAAAGCUACGUUUCCUUGCCGCUGGGUUUAACCCUUUAAGCACCAAACCCGACAGCCCGCUGGCUCCCCGGAACGAGUAGGCGGUCUCCGCAGCUGCCGAAUUGUGGGCGACGAGCCCCGAAGACCCGAGGAAGAUAGCCGAAGGGAGCCCGUGUUCUCGGUUGGUCUCGGGCUUGGGGCUCGGCCAGCGUGAGGCAGUGGCAUUGGCUUUAAGAAGGGGGAGGGGAGGCGCGGUCCGCCGCUCGGGGAGCCGGGGAAGGAAGCCUAGGCUGGCUUGGGAGAGCAGAGGCGGCCCCCCGCGCCCGUGCUCUCCCCGCCUCCACCCUGGGCCGCCCAGGACUCAGCGCUGCGCUUCGGGGAGGCGAUGACCAGGGGGCGUGCUGCUCGCUAGGCUGCACCCUGCCGGCGUCAGAAGGCGUUGGUAAGCAUUCCCGGUCAGCCGCAGCCACCACCGGACUACGCGCUCCUGCUACACACCAGCGGGCGCUCCCAAGAGUUUCAUUGGAACAGUCCCUCCGCUAUCGUAACCAUGGGGCAUCCCCCGCUGGAGUUCAGCGACUGCUACCUCGACAGCCCCGAUUUCCGCGAGAGGCUCAAGUGUUAUGAACAGGAGCUGGAGAGGACCAAUAAAUUCAUCAAAGACGUGAUCAAAGACGGCAGCGCGCUUAUCAGCGCUAUGAAAAAUUACUCUUCUGCGGUUCAGAAGUUUUCCCAGACACUGCAGUCGUUUCAGUUUGAUUUCAUCGGGGACACUCUGACCGAUGAUGAGAUUAAUAUUGCGGAAUCAUUCAAGGAAUUUGCUGAAUUGCUCAAUGAAGUAGAAAAUGAGAGGAUGAUGAUGGUACAAAAUGCUAGUGACUUGCUGAUCAAACCCCUGGAAACUUUUCGGAAGGAACAAAUAGGUUUCACAAAGGAGAGGAAGAAGAAAUUUGAAAAGGAUGGUGAGAGGUUUUACUCAUUACUGGACCGGCACUUACAUCUGUCAUCCAAAAAGAAAGAGUCUCAGUUGCUAGAGGCAGACCUCCAGGUGGAUAAGGAAAGGCACAAUUUCUUUGAGUCCUCUCUUGAUUAUGUCUAUCAAAUCCAGGAAGUUCAAGAAUCCAAGAAGUUCAAUAUUGUGGAGCCAGUCUUGGCCUUUCUUCACAGCCUCUUCAUUUCCAACAGCUUGACUGUGGAGCUCACGCAGGAUUUCCUCCCAUACAAACAGCAGCUGCAGCUCAGUUUACAGAAUACAAGAAAUCAUUUCUCCAGUACCCGAGAAGAGAUGGAAGAACUUAAGAAAAGGAUGAAAGAAGCUCCUCAGACAUGCAAGCUUCCGGGACAGCCAACCAUUGAAGGCUAUCUCUACACACAGGAGAAAUGGGCUCUGGGGAUCUCAUGGGUGAAAUACUACUGCCGGUAUGAGAAGGAGACCAGGACACUCACCAUGACACCGAUGGAACAGAAGCCAGGUGCUAAGCAGGGACCCGUGGACUUAACUUUGAAAUACUGCGUGAGAAGGAAGACAGAGUCGAUUGACAAGAGGUUCUGUUUUGAUAUAGAAACUAAUGAGAGACCAGGAACCAUCACUCUGCAGGCGCCUUCAGAAGCCAAUAGAAGGCUAUGGAUGGAGGCCAUGGAUGGGAAAGAACCUAUCUACCACAGCCCUAUAACAAAACAGGAAGAAAUGGAGCUGAAUGAAGUGGGGUUCAAGUUCGUUAGGAAGUGCAUCAAUUUUAUUGAGAUCAAAGGGAUCAAGACGGAAGGGUUGUACCGAACAGUGGGCAGCAACAUCCAGGUUCAGAAGCUGCUUAAUGCCUUUUUUGAUCCAAAAUGCCCAGGAGAUGUCGAUUUUCAUAAUAGUGACUGGGACAUUAAGACAAUCACAAGCUCCUUAAAAUUCUACCUCAGGAAUCUUUCAGAACCUGUCAUGACUUAUAAGCUUCACAAAGAGCUCGUCUCUGCUGCCAAAUCUGACAACCUGGAUUACCGUCUGGGAGCUAUUCACUCCCUAGUAUAUAAGCUACCAGAAAAGAACCGGGAGAUGCUGGAACUUCUAAUCAGACACUUGGUAAAUGUGUGUGAGCACAGCAAAGAGAAUCUUAUGACACCUUCCAAUAUGGGGGUGAUCUUUGGGCCUACCCUGAUGAGAGCUCAAGAGGACACUGUGGCUGCUAUGAUGAACAUCAAAUUCCAGAACAUUGUGGUAGAAAUCCUGAUUGAACACUUUGGCAAGAUAUAUUUAGGUCCACCUGAGGACAGCCAAGUACCUCCAGUGCCUCCACCUCGAGUGACAGCAAGAAGGCACAAACCAAUCACAAUCUCGAAGCGUUUGCUGAGAGAAAAGACAGUGUUCUACACUUCUUCCCUGGAUGAAAGUGAAGAUGAAACCCAUCAAACUCCUAAUGGUACAAUCACUAGCAACCUGGACCCCCCCAAGCUACCGCAGCACCUCAGACUACCCAUUCAGAAAAGUGGGGAAACUGAUCCUGGAAGAAAGUCCCCAAACAGACCUGUUUCUGACUGCCAGUCCGAGCCCGGCCCAGAGGUGGAUGUGGGGAAGUUGGUAUUUAGGUUGCAGGAUGGAGGGACCAAGACUACUCCAAAGGCCACUAAUGGACCUGUGCCAGGCUCUGGACCCACAAAGACUCCUUCUUUCCAUAUAAAGAGACCAGCUCCCCGGCCAGUGGCUCACCACAAGGAAGGAGAUACUGACUGCUUCAGCAAAGUUCGGCCCCCAGGAGAAAAGCAAACAAUCAUCCGUCCUCCAGUGAGGCCCCCAGACCCUCCUUGUCGGGCCAGUACUUCACAAAAGCCAGAACCAAAGCCAGAUACUGUGGCUGGCAGUGCAGGGGAAAUCCCAUCAUCUGUGGUGGCAUCCAGGACCAGAUUCUUUGAAACAGCAUCCCGGAAAACUGGAAGUUCUCAAGGAAAACUUCCUGGAGAUGAGAGCUGAGGCCACAGGUUUGAAAGGACUUGGCCUUGAGGGACCCUUUCCAGGUCGUGAAAGGGUCCACUUCAAACCCUUGUGAGCUAUUUGGUGCUGAAGAGCAGUUCAUUUCUGGCCCUUGUGCCUUCAGUGUCUGGGAAGCUAUAAAAUAAGGAGCACAUGUCUUAGACACGUGUUUGUUUCUCCUUUGUAUUCUGUCUUCAUCUCCCCAGAAUGUCUGUUGUGAGCAGCUCCUAGGAUACUGGAUGGCUGGAUUCUCUCAAGCUCCAAACUCUACUGAAGUGAAAAUACCCACUGACCUGUAUUAAAGAGGGAAACCUAGUUUUCCACUCUUCUCUGAACUUACUGUUUCCUCAAAGGUCAUUGGACUCUGAAUGAUUCAGGGCUAAAGCCUGAUGUUAGGGGUCUCACCCUGAUCUAAAGGCCACUUGAGUUGGGGCCAUUGUUUACCUUAUUUGGAAGGGAGUAGGGAUGUUAGCUGAAUAUUGGAAAUUGUGUCAUGUCUCUUUCUGAAGAUAUGGACACUGACUAGUACCAGAUUGGCACCCUGGUACCAUGACAUGUUAAUGAAAUCCAGUGGGGCCAGACUGCAUGAAUGAUUCCCACACAGUGGCCUUCCUCAGGAUGGCCUUAGGAAGGUAGCCUUUCUGCUUUUGCCUCUAGCCUCUGAGAACAAAUCUGCUAAGCAUGUUUUGCAUGUCAAAGCCUAGGCCUGUCUGGAUUUCCCUUUUUCCUACUUUCACCCAAUAGCUUCCUUUUCAGCAAUCAACAAAUAAAACAGAAAAUGUUUCUGUAAAAAAGGGUCAAAUGUUAGGAAAAAUUGUUAAGAUUGACUGAGUCCAAGGAAUUGUUGCUAUUGCUUCUUAUUUGCUUCUAUCUCACAUGCUCUUUUAUUUCCUGAAAAGCAAGCAAACAAACAAAGCUACAAACAAACAAAACCAGAUCUUAGCCAAGGUGCCUGUGGAUUCUGGAACUCUAUGAUGCCCCCAAGAUGACAUAUACAAUUCCGUGAGGGUAAUGCCUUUUCUGAGCAGAUGGUUCAUAACAUUCUACUGGGUUUCAGAUGGUACUACAAACCAAUAAAGGUUAAGAACCACAGCCCUUGAGAUAAAAGACUCUUUACAGCCCAUAAAGGGUUGGAUUAGAAGGAACUUUCAAACGCAUUUAUACUAACAACAGCUUAGUUUACAUGAAGAGCAAGUUAGUGACCACAAGAGGACAAGAUCCCAGGUGUCUGAGCUCCUACAUAAGGUUCUUUUUAGUACAGCACAUUUAUCUAGGAAGGGGCCUUGUAGGUGGUGGCUUUAAUGGCUCUUUUGGGAGGUAUUGGCUUUUAUCCUCUUUCUUGAGCCUCUCAUAUUUGCCAGCAAGUAGAAAAUGUCAAGAUAUAAGCCGCUGGUCCUUUCAUUACUGCUGGAGUCAUUGAAAGUGCACUAAAGCAAAAGCCAUGCAGGAAGUAUGAAAUCUGAGGACUAAACCUUUUUGAGCCCUGUUUUUUAGGGUGUUGGUGCUUCUGUUUCUGUGCAGAUGCCUGGGCCACAGCCUCUGCGGCUUGCAGGACUCUUAUUGAGUUCUGGUGUUAGGGCUGGAUCUUCUCUUAGGGCUGGAUCUUCUCUGUUAUUGAGGGAAAAGCAAGGAUGUGUGUAGAACUUGGCCACAGGUGUGAACCAGAAGGGCUUCACAUCCAUGAAAGAUUAUAAAUACAGUUUGAGUCUGGUUUUCCUGAGACAAAAUGCCAUGGUAAACACUAAAAAUAUUAGAAUAUUCUUCAGAGGCAGGGAAAGACAUUGCACUCCCAGUGGAAGAAGUAUCUAGAAACUUUGCACCAUGAUUGCUGAGUUAUGUGGGACAUGGAUAAAAACUCAGCUGGGAAAGGUGGGGCCACCAACUUUGGAGGCCAGGGAGCAAUUGGUGGGGUAGUUCUACUUCUGUAUCAACUCCCUUUAGACAAGGAAACAAAGUAUCUCCUUUUACUAUCUGCUAUAAAGAGCAAAAUUGCUGGGGUGAAGCAUACUGUCAUGAGAUGAGAUUGUCUUGGGGUAUGCUUGAUGCAUAAAAGAGGUGAUCAGAAGAGGUGAUAUGUGAAGGGUAACUAUGGGAAAUUAGCAGCAGCCCUAGCAAGUAGGUAAGAGAACUGUUAAGUCUUCAACCGAUAGUGAUGACAAAAGUGCUAACAUUUAGUAAGCACCCGCUGAGUACUAGGUACUUCAAAUACUUUAUCUUCCAUCCUUAUAACAAUCAUGCAAGUCCUCAUCUUUUUGUACAGACUAAGAAGGUACCCAGUUGCAUUGUUGCUGACUGUAAUAGUACACAGACAUAGUGAGUCCUAGAAGUGUAAUUUCUAUCCAGUCCUCUCUGACUUUGCACCCUGUGCAGUUUUCACUAUGCCAUUCAGAGCUAGGUAUUUAAACAGAGGGCGCAUUACAGGAGGUGGGUUGACUCUCGACUCCUGUGUGCCUAACCAAUAUGGAAAGGAGAGCGAGGGAAGCAAGUGCAAGCCCACUUCAGAAGGGAGUAAGAACACAGGCUGAAAGAUAAUCAAAUCCAUGGUGGCUUUUCUUCUCACUCUGAGUUGAUCCAACUGGUAAUAUGUUUUAGAAGAUCAUCUAACCUCCCCUUGUGACGUGAGGAAUUCGUUACAAUUGGUAGCCGGGAAUUAUUUGCCUUGGUCGUUUUCCAAAUAGAAAGGGUCCUUCUAGGUGUCGCUGUGCUUUCCCAGGACAUCACUAUGCCAUUACAUGGACGGUUUCAUCGAGAAGUCUGGUGAUAAGCAUGCAUGUUUUAAGAAGCAGGCCAAUUCUCUGUGCCUUUGUGGAAUUCGAUGCCCUGGGGUCAUAUCCCUACCAAGUUUUUUCUGUGGUGAAAACAAAAGUCCGGGGAUCAUUUCAUAAAAGAAAUUUCAUUGAAUUUUUAUAUUUCAAGUUGAAAAAGAGGUGUUAUGGAGUAUCCAGCCACCACAGGGCAAAACUAAGCAUUCAAGUAAGUAGCAAAAUAAUGUUAUGUAAGAGUACUUCGGAAGUAAUGGCUACAAUAGGGAAGCACCUUUCCCUUUUCAAGACGUUCCUUUAUUCUGUAAGAACUACAAAAGAGUAAAGGAAGUAGUUCGGCAACUCAUAAAAUAAUUGCUUUUAAGAGAACAUAGAUCAGUGAAGCUGUUAAUAAAGAAGCAGUAGACAGUUGACCUUGACACAUUAGAAGACUACAAAAGCUUUAGAAACAACAGCAACAGAAAAUCCAGAGUGAAGCAAGAUAACUUGACAAGAUAUUGUCAAUGAAGAAAAGCCUUCAUUUUCAUAGGGAAAUUGACUAUAUGAACUAUGUGUGUGAAAUCAGAGAAAAGAAUGAGAUCCCUGAGCCCAUUCACGUGAUUUUCAAUGAAGUGUGUAGAUUCUCUUGUAUAAAUGUCCUCUAUCUGCUAUCUCAUCAUGGAAAUAAUCUCUCAGAAUAUCAGAAUCAUGGUCCACCCACUAUCUACCACUUGUGCUGUCUUGUAAAAAAAAAAAAUCUAAAGAGAACUCGGCAAAAAAUAUUUUGAACCCAGGACUCUUAAUCUAUUCUCCACUUUGCAACAUAGCUUUGCCAUUCUGUCAGGCCUCAUAGCAUCAAUAAGUGAUAGCUGGCAAUUCUGUCUUAUAGAUAAGGAAACUUGAGGCACAGGGAGGUGAAAAUGACUUGCCCAUAAGAUACUAGAAAAUUGAUAAAAAUCCAAGAUUGGAAACUACAGAUGGCUUUCUGUUUACCACACUGCCCCAAAAUAAUAGUGAACACAAAUCCCAGGGCCAGAGAGAUGACUCUGUGUUUAAGAGUACUGGUUGCUCUUCCAGAGGUCCUGAAUCCAAUUCCUAGCACCCACAUGGCAGCUCAUAACCAUCUAUAAGUGUAGUCCCAUGGGAUCCAAUGCCCUCUUCAGGUGUGCAGAAGUACAUGCAGAUAAAACACCCAUAUACAUAAAAUUCAUAGAUAAAUACAUAUUCAAAAGAAAAUGAACCCCAAAUGUAACUGGAGAUGUUUAGAAAUAGGAUUAAUGAAAACAUCAUUUUCAGCAUUAGCAUUACCUAGAGACUUGUUAGAAAUGCAGAUUCUUAGGAUCUACCCUAGACAUCUGGAAUAUGAAUUUGUAUUUUAACAAGACCCCACAAGAGAAUUCUAUGCACAUUAAAAUUUUAAGAAACACUUGGCUAAGUCUGAUCUAAUCUGUUGAGAGUCCAUAACGUCCUGCUUCUUGCAUUGUUUUGCACGUGGCCUGUAACUGUGUUGACAAGUGAAUGAAGUUCCUCUAUGUCCAAGAAUAGCAGAACGAGUCUGGGGAAUAAGCAGACUGAACGUUACUUGGCUGUCAGACUGUGUAAAGGAAGCAGUAAGACAGCGUGGCAGUUGGAAGGAACUUUUCAGGAGCUCUGUGGUCAAGACUCAGCUCGGUUACUUCCUCCCUGAGAUGCUGAGCAUGUCAUUCACAUUGUCUACCUUUUGCCUCAAAGGAUCUUUUCAACUUUUAUACACAGGCCAUGAUGUAAUGGAAGUGGACAACUCUGCUGGUCUUUGGCCAGUUUAGCAUCUUCAUUUCUCAUAAGAAAGGCAAUACUUGGAGGACAUUUUAAUCACAGCAAAGCGGUGUUAACAGAAAUUGCAAAGAGCAGGAGGAACAUAGCUAGUUAACCGGCUGGAAAUUAGUUAAUUUUCCAAUUACAGUGUAACAAAUAAGGCCGAGUUCUGAGAUUCAGCUGCUGCAGGCCAUAUACUCGAUGAAUCAACUCGUAUUGCAUGAUUUAAUAAAAACAAGAUUCCUUGCUUCAGGCCUUUUUGGGGGAUGGUGGGAGGAGAAACAAACAAAGGGGAAUUUCCUGCUUUCCAUCAUCUGCUUCUUACCUCUCCAGGUGAGUCGAACACCCAUUAUUUGAGAGACACUAGCUACAAGGUAACUUCUUACACAUAAACUCAGAGAGGGAAAAGGACUUGCCUAAGGUGGCACACCACAGCCAAGGGUAGAAACUAGGUGUUCGUAGUACCAGCAUACAGGACUUUCCUUGGGUGAUCUGUUUGCCAGAGUCUAGUCAAGACACCUGCUCCCAACAGCAGGACAGCCCCACCGAGGAAGACUGCUAUAUCUGUCAUCUGGGAGUUUUGUUUCUGUCAUACAUCCACAAGCACUGCUUCGUUUGAGUCAUGCACAGCCCUUAUCACCUUAUCAGAGCAGGUGUGAUUUUUUUCCCAUUUUCUUAAUGCUCAGAGGGGUAUCAUAGCAUAGGAAGCAGAAUGACCCUUUGGUCUUUCAAAUCCUCUCAUGCUGUGCUAUUUCUCUAGGGGAGAAGAGGCAGGCCUGCAGCCCCUUAGUCUUUUUCCUGGGGCAUAUCAUGAGCUCUAAGUUGUUAUAGUUUGGGUUGUAAACCUAGACUUUAACAGCUGAGCUAUCUCUCCAGCCUGAGCCCUAAAUUCUUAAUUGCUUCAAUUUCAUUGUUUCAAACCAGAUUGAUUAUUUUUCCUGUUGGAGUACAUAGAGUUUCAUGAUUUGAAAUUUUGCAGAACAGUCUUGGGUUCUUUCCAUCAUUUUGUCCUCACAACAGCCACUUCAGGGGACAAAGUAGUAUUUCUCAAUUUGACAGAUUUGGGCAACUUGAAAUACAGCAGCACAGUAUUAGUAUUUAUGGCUGUUAUAACGAAUUAUCACAAAUUUAGGGCUGGAGAGAUGGCUUAGAGGGUAAGAGCACUUGUUGCUCUUCCAAGGGACCUGGAUUCAAUUCUCACCACACACAUGGUGGUUCACAACUGCCUAUAGUUCCAGGGGAUUUGACUUCCUCUUCUAGCCUCUGAGGGUGCCAGGCAAGCAUGUGGUGCAUAUAUAUAUAUAUAUUGCAUAAAAAUAUAUCCAGGUUUUUAAUUAUCAAAAAUUUAGCACUUCAUCAUCCAUUUAUUGUCAUCUCACUUUUUCUGUUGGUCAGAAGUUUUCCUAUAGAAUAGUUCAAUUUUCUGAGUGGUUAUCAUCUGAGAUAUACAGCUCUCUUUUAAGUUCAAUCAAGGUUAUUAGCAUAAUUUAGUUUCUUCUGAGAGACUGAAGUCUUCAGGGUUUUUUUGGUUAUAUAUUUAAAAAUUUUUGACAUACAAUAUGUUUUGAUUAUAUUCUUUCCCCUUCCCUAACGUCUCCUAGAUCCUCCCCAUCUUCCAGCCCACCUAAUUUCAUGCCCUUUCUCCAAAAAAUAACAUAAAACAAAAAAAUCCAAUAAGACAAAAAUAUAACAGAACAAAAACUCUCUCCAUUUUAAAGCCACCUGCCCCAAUCCUUCUUGAAUUGUUUCUUCUGCUUUUUUUUUUUUUGCUUCCUUUUUUUUGCCUCUUCUGUUUAGGGUUCAUUCCAUAACAACGAUUAAAUCUACUAAAAUCAGAAUUUUCUCCAUAUCUUAAUAUCUACAUCAGCCUUAAUUACAUCUUAAUUUUUUUUUGUAAUGAAUCAGUUUGGGGUAUGGAAUUUUCUUAGGGGACAUAAUGGAUACUUGCACAAAGCAUGAAAUAGCUACCUACAUAAUCCCUGCCUUGCAGUUUUCCUAAAGAUAUGAGGUGGUAAUUGUAUUUUUCCAUUGUCAUAUCAGUUGGCUGUGACAGUAGACACUUGUCUAUUAAAUGAAACUCUGUUUAUAAAUUCUUUGAA